AUGGACUCGAUCAUGGAGCGCCCGAUGGUGGACGGCAACGGCGGGACGAUCGGGCGGAGCAAGUCGGACCAGCUGCCGCCGGCGCCGGCGUCGGCGUCCACGGCGCAGUCGCUCAGCCGGACGGCGUCGGCGGAGACGGUGCUCAGCACGGCCGACGUGACCAGCCUGUCGCGCAAGUCCAGCUUCGGGAAGCGCUCCGCGUCGGGCGGCAGCGGCGCCGGCGGGAACAGCCACGGGCGCAGCCACAUCCGCAAGUCCCGGAGCGCGCAGCUGAAGCUGGACAUGGAGGACCUCGUCAGCAGCGGCGCCGCGCUCAGCCGCGCGUCCAGCGCCAGCCUCGGCUUCUCCUUCACCUUCACCGGCUUCACCCCGCCGCCCCGGGACAUGAUGUCCUCCGCCGAGCUCGCGCCCUUCAGCGACGACGACGUCGACCUCGAGGCCGCCGAUACCACGCGCCGCAAGAGCCUCAUGGCAGAGCCCACCCUGCCCAUAUACCUCAAGUUUUCGGAGGUGAAGUACAGGGUGGCGGUGAAGGGGACGCCGAGGGAGAUACUGAGCGGGAUAUCUGGGUCGGCGAGCCCCGGCGAGGUGCUGGCGAUGAUGGGCCCCUCCGGCAGCGGCAAGACAACGCUUCUCAGCAUGCUCGGCGGCAGGGCCACCGCCGCCGACGGCUGCAUCUCCUACAACGACGAGCCCUUCGGCAAGUCCCUCAAGCGCAGGAUUGGAUUUGUGACUCAAGAUGAUGUUCUCUUUACUCAUCUUACUGUGAAGGAGACACUAACAUACGCAGCAUUACUUCGUCUCCCAAGAACAAUGACCAGGGAGCAAAAGAAAGAACGGGCAAUGGACAUCAUAUAUGAACUGGGCCUCGAGAGGUGCCAGGACACUAUGAUUGGAGGAUCUUUUGUGCGUGGGGUUUCAGGGGGUGAAAGGAAAAGAGUUUGCAUCGGAAAUGAGAUUAUAAUCAAUCCAUCUUUGCUUUUCCUUGAUGAGCCGACAUCUGGGUUGGAUUCAACUACAGCGCUUAGGAUAGUUCAACUUCUACAUGACAUUGCUGAGACUGGGAAGACAGUGAUCACCACGAUCCAUCAACCAUCCAGCAGGCUGUUUCAUAAGUUUGACAAGCUUAUCCUCCUGGGCAGAGGAAGUUUGCUCUACUUUGGGAAGACAGCUGAAGCCAUGCCCUACUUUUCAUCCAUUGGAUGCAACCCGCUCAUCGCAAUGAACCCAGCAGAAUUUCUACUGGAUCUUGCUAAUGGCAACACUAAUGAUGUUUCUGUUCCUUCCGAAUUAGAUGACAAGGUGCACAUGGAAAAUCAGAAUCUGCAGGAUACUAAUUCCAAGAUUAACUUAAGGCCAUCAGCACAAGAUGUUCAUGAGUACCUUGUUGAUGCUUAUGAGCAUCGAGUGGCAUAUAAGGAGAAGAAGAAGCUUCUAGCACCACUUCCGAUCAGUGAUGAUAUGAAGGCAACAAUAACAUCUUCGAAACGAGAGUGGGGCACAAACUGGUGCCAACAAUAUUCCAUCCUCUUCUGUAGAGGUCUCAAGGAAAGACGGCAUGAUUAUUUGAGCUGGAUGAGAAUCACCCAGGUCAUAGCUACAUCAAUUAUCUUAGGUUUGCUCUGGUGGCACUCUGAUCCCACCACACCAAAAGGUCUACAAGAUCAGGCAGGCUUACUGUUUUUCAUAGCCGUGUUUUGGGGUUUCUUUCCUGUGUUUACUGCCAUCUUCACAUUCCCUCAAGAGAGGGCAAUGUUGAACAAGGAGCGUGCAGCUGACAUGUACAAGCUCAGUGCAUACUUCUUGGCCAGAACGACAAGUGAUCUGCCACUAGACCUUUUCCUCCCAGUCAUAUUUAUGGUGAUUGUCUACUUCAUGGCAGGCCUCAAAGCAAGUGCCAUGCGUUUCUUUCUUAGCAUGUUGACCGUCUUUCUCAGCAUCAUUGCUGCUCAGGUAUGGCAGUCAAAACUGGUUCAGUCAUACAAUCAAUGCCCAUGA